GAGAUAAUCGAUACGGUUUGCCACGGAUUCCAAUGCGCUCGCUGGCUAAACCAAAAGUCUAAAUUUGGGCUUCUAAUUCUGGAAUCGAUUCGCGUGUUGGUGGUGUCGUGUGCGAGUCGAGGAAUCGGUUUGGCCACCACCACCACAGACCAUGGCGGAGGCGGCGGUAGUUGUUGUUGUGGGCGAGGAGGAGAGGCCCAGGCUGAGUCGUCUCCCGCUCAGCCGCGUCAAGAGCAUCAUGAAGGCAGACCCCGACGUGGCGCUCGCAGCCCAUGAGGCGGUCUUCCUCAUCGCCAAGGCCACGGAGUUGUUCAUCGAGGCCAUAGCCAAGGACGCCUACGGAUUUGCGCUGCAGGGAAAGCGGAAAACCCUGCAGAGGAAGGACCUGGACAACGCGGUGGAUGCAGUGGACGAGUUUGCGUUUCUAGAAGGUGAACAACGACCUCCUUUGCCGCGUCUCUCGCCACAGCUCGGGCAAAACACGCACGCACAAAGACAAAGAUCUCCCGUGUAGUCUUAAUAGACUGUUGGAGCAAGUGCUGUUAGCGAGCGGCACCUAUGAAGGCCGGCACGGCACACGAGGGGGGUGGGUGGCCAACACCACGCCUGGCCGCCUUUGUCUCACUAGUGGUGAUGUU